AGAAGGGAAGUGGCGGCCAAGGCAGUCGCGGCUGGACAGUGCUCAGGCCCGAGGGCCAGUGGUACCCAGACUUACCUUUGACCUUUUCCUGCCCGCCUUCCGCCUAGCUUUUGGACCACGCCUCCUCCCAAGUUUUUCUGAUCCAGCGCAUUAGACCUGCACCCAAAUCAUGUUCCCGGUAAAGGUGAAAGUGGAGAAAUCAGUUGGUCUCUCCACUGAGUGGCACUAAAGCUGCCUUCCAAGUACCUGGACCAGACAGGACGUAGGACCGCCUCCCACAGCGGAUGUGGGAGGCGCACACAGAGCUGAUUCCUGCCUUCUGCCCUCAGAGAUGGAGAUGGCCAAAGCCCGGAACCAGCUGGAUGCCGUUCUUCAGUGUCUGCUGGAGAAGAGUCACAUGGACAGGGAACGCCUGGAUGAAGAUGCUGGGAAAACCCCCUUGGAUACACACAACAAGGAUUGUUCCAUUGCUGCCACAGGCAAAAGGCCAUCUGCCCGCUUCCCCCACCAGCGGAGGAAGAAGAGGAGGGAGAUGGACGAUGGGCUCACUGAGGGGGGUCCUCAGAGAUCCAAUACGUAUGUGAUCAAGCUGUUUGACCGGAGUGUGGACUUGGCCCAGUUCAGUGAGAACACACCACUAUACCCCAUCUGCCGUGCCUGGAUGCGCAACAGCCCCACAGUUCGAGAGUGCGAGCGCUCACCCGGCUCACCACUGCCCCCUCUGCCCGAGGAUGGAGAGGGUUCAGAGGUCAUCAACAGCAAAAAUCGUGAUGUGUACAAGCUGCCUCCACCCACAGCCCCUGGACCACUUGGAGAUGCCUGUAGAUCCCGAAUUCCAUCCCCACUGCAGCCUGAGACCCAGGGUACUCCCGAUGAUGAACCUUCCGAGCCUGAACCUUCUCCUUCCACACUUAUCUAUCGCAACAUGCAACGUUGGAAACGCAUACGCCAGAGGUGGAAGGAGGCAUCUCAUCGGAACCAGCUUCGUUACUCAGAAAGUAUGAAGAUCCUACGGGAGAUGUAUGACCGGCAGUGACCUUCCCAGUAACCCCACCCCAAUAAACCUGCCCCCCAACCCACACUGGCCAGACCAUCCAUCAUUCCUGGCCCAGACAUACGGCA